UUCUCCAGUGGAGAGUCCUCUCCUUUUAUAGCUGUAUCCUGUGGGCAUCAUGUUCUGCCCUUCGCAUGCACUAAUAGAAGAGGAGGCUCAUAUCUCCAGUGAGGGGUUCUAUAUUUCUAUCAGCUUUGCGUGGAUCACCAGGAAGAGUGCUUGUUCUUUGCAAGUGGUGUAUUCGAGUAUUGUUACACAAGUUUUGAGCAGCCAAGGCGGGAAUUUAGAAGCUGCAACUUUUGGCUGAGAAACUCUGUAUUUCUACUCCAUGUCUGGGAUGGCUGACGAUAUGAGGUUCGUCCUUUUGUCGCUGCUGUUGAGCGGCUCAGCGUCGUGCUCUGGUUCUGAUCUUGAUAUCCAAUGCUUGAAGACUGUACGAGAAUCAGUGAUUGAUCCCAACGGCAUACUAAAAUCCUCAUGGAUUUUUGAAAACAACAGCUUUGGUUUCAUAUGCCGAUUCACGGGUGUGGAGUGCUGGCACCCUGAUGAGAACAGGGUUCUCUCGCUGCGUCUAAGCAACCUGGGUCUUCAAGGCCAAUUUCCUCAAGGUCUCGAGAAUUGUACAAGCAUGACCGGCCUGGACUUGUCGAGUAACAAUUUUUCAGGACCCAUCCCUUCCAAUAUUGCAUGGCAGCUGUCCAGUCUGACGUUUUUGGACCUCUCAUAUAAUAAAUUUUCGGGUGAACUCCCAAUCGGCAUCUCAAACAUCACAUACCUGAACACUCUCAACCUUCAGCACAACCAACUCAGAGGCCAAAUUCCAGAUCGAUACGAGUUUUCUAGGUUAAAUUUGUUCAAUGUUGCAAACAACCAAUUAUCUGGUCCUAUUCCGUUGCAUUUGCAGAUGUUUCCGCCUUCAAACUUUGCUGGUAACCAAGGGCUUUGUGGUGCACCGUUGGCUGCAUGUGACCGUAGAAGCAAAUGGAUCAGCGACGAGUCCAGUAUUGGCGCGGCUGUCGGGUUGGUGGUAGGCUUCGUGGUGGCUUUCUACUUUCCCCACUGCUUCAUUUUCUCCCAGAGGCUCCGUCCGUACUUCUUCCGCAUAUUCUGACAUCAAUCAUCUCUGGAGGCUAAAUGAGCAUCUGCAACGCUGGUUCUUUCUUUAACAUUUACCAGCACUUUGGUUUUCAGUUAAUUUGUGUACUCGGCAGUUUCGCAAAUGAGAAGUUUCGUUUGCACUGCACAUUUCAACACUUGAAAUUUCCAAAACCAUCUCUGGCGUGGUAACUUGUAAAACAUGGGACGUAUUUAGUUUCAAUCGAGCUUUAGGAUCUCUGCA